AUGUUGGACGCAGAGUGUAAUGGCUUUCUUUAUGAAAUUCAGGUUGUUGCAACUGAUAGAAAGAAUGGAAACAAACUCAUGUCAUUCCAAGAGUUAUCAACAAGAGAGAGAGAGAGAGGGAGUAAAGAUGCUUUGGUAACUACAAAAAGUAUUAAGGUUGAAGUCUGCAUCUUUGUGUUUGAUAUUAUGUUCUUCAACGGUGAACAGCUGUUGACUCUUCCCCUCCGUGAGAGACGAAAAUGUCUAAAGGAGGUCUUCCCUGAGACUAGGCCAGGUUUUCUUGAGUAUGCUAAGGAAAUCACUGUGGGAACAGAAGAAGCGUCUAUGAAUAACCAAGACACUUUGUGUAGAAUAAAUGCGUUUCUAGAAGAAGCAUUUCAGUCAUCUUGUGAGGGAAUCAUGGUUAAGUCUUUAGAUUUUGAUGCCGGAUACUGCCCCACAAAGCGUUCUGAUUCAUGGCUUAAGGUUAAGCGAGAUUAUGUAGAUGGAUUAGGUGACACAUUGGAUUUAGUUCCUAUAGGUGCUUGGCAUGGCAACGGGAGAAAAGCGGGAUGGUAUAGUCCAUUCCUCAUGGCCUGCUACAACCCUGAGACCGAGGAGUUCCAGAGUGUCUGCCGUGUCAUGUCUGGGUUUUCUGAUGCCUUUUACAUCGAGAUGAAAGAAUUCUACCCCGAGGAUAAGAUCCUUGCGAAAAAGCCGCCAUACUACAGAACAGGGGAGACACCAGACAUGUGGUUUCCAGCAGAGGUUGUUUGGGAAAUCAGAGGUGCGGAUCUAACCGUCUCACCUGUUCACAGUGCGGCCUUAGGUCUGGUCCAUCCAUCACGAGGCAUCUCCGUUAGGUUUCCGAGAUUCAUCUGUAAAAGGGUGGAUAGGAAUCCGGAGGAAUGCAGCACGGCGGCAGAUAUAGCAGAGAUGUUUCAUGCUCAAACCAGAAAAAUGAACAUCAAGUCUCAACACUAACAUUGUAUCUUAUCUGAUCAGCUACUUACCUUUUGGUUCUGUUAGGAGUUUACUCAAAAUGUUUUGGUGUUGCUUUUAAUAGCUUGGUAAACUUAGAAUAUGUAAAAAAUAUCUACCUAAAACUAUGUAAAUAUUCUGUAUAUAUAAUCUAUCUACAUGUUAA